AUGUCCAUAGAUACGCUCGCUUUUGUCGCAGAUUUCACGCGGCCAUUUCCCAGUUUCGUACCGGCUUACUUCCAUGGAAUAUGGAGCACGGAGCAGCCGCAGCCCAAGACCCAGCAGCCAAUCAGAAACCGACAGCGCUCUGCUGCCGCCACAAUAGCCACAGAAGCCACAGCGACCACCAAGCCCGAACAGAGGGUGGUAGAAGAGGAUGAAGCUGUCAAAACAGUCACACAGCGGGAUUUGAUACAGUCUGCAGAUAGCGAGAUCGCACUUGGCUUGUUCUUUCGGUACACUUCCCCAGAGCGGACCGAGCGGCAGCCGUGGAAUAUCACAGAUUUACCUACUUUGGUGGACGCCAUGUGGAUCCAUAUCGCAGCUGGAAUGUGCACAGAAGGUACGAAGUACGUAAAAGUGGGUCUAAUACCUCCGUCACGACCGGAAUAG